GUUCAUAUCAUCACGGAUGUAGAUAAUCAUGUGAUCAUUAUCAUAAAGAAUACAAAUAUCUUAAAGUUCCCUUUGGUCUAUAUAAAGAGGAAGAUACUCAAUAGUUUUAACGUACUUCAUUAUUUCACCACUAAACUAAAUCCCAAAACUAAAGAUGGGGCUUCUUCACAAACAAAACCUUUUCUUUGUGAUACUUCUCCUAGUUGGUUUCCUCGCCGUCUCUUACGCUUGCGACUGUAGUGACCCUCCAAAGCCAUCUCCACACCCCGUUAAACUGCCUAAACCACCCACCGUUAAACCACCUCCUUACACCCCGAAACCACCUCCUCACACUCCUAAACCGCCACCCGUCAAGCCUCCGCACACUCCAUCCCCUCCACAUUCUUUUCCACCGUACACUCCACAACCACCCACCGUGAAGCCACCGCCGCAGCCAACACCAACCCCAUCGCCUCCACCACCGUAUGUCAAGCCACCACCAGUACCAAGCCCCGAGACGCCAUGCCCGCCACCGCCACCACCACUAACCCCAUGUCCUCCUCCACCUCCAGCGCCAACCCCUGAACCGGAGACUUGCUCAAUCGAUGCGCUGAAGCUAGGCGCGUGUGUGGACGUGCUAGGCGGUUUGAUUCACAUCGGACUAGGGAAAAGCUACGCAAAGGCAACUUGUUGCCCAGUUCUUGGCGGUUUAGUGGGUCUUGACGCAGCGGUUUGUCUCUGCACUACCAUUAGAGCCAAGCUUCUCAAUAUUGACCUCAUUAUUCCCAUUGCUCUUGAGCUUCUUGUCGACUGUGGAAAGACUCCACCUCGCGACUUCAAGUGUCCUGCUCCACAAAGAAAGAGUCCUCUCUUGGUUUGAUCUCUUGUGUUCCAUUUGAGACCUCAAUAUCUAGGUUCUUUUUUUUUUCUGUUUUCGACUGCUGAGACAGUAACUAAAAAGGAUCUAAAUUCUAUUACUUUUCUUUAUCAAAAGCAACUUCUAUGUGUAAGUGUAAGGUGAUUGUACGUUUAAAUAAUGUUAUUUAAUAUUUGAUUUUUAAAAGAAAUUAGCAAAAAAUAAUUCAACAAUCUAUAUAU